UUAUGUGAUUCAACUGUUGUCUAUCGUGUAAUAACGUGCCAUUUCAUUCACUUUCUCUCGCUCUCUCUCUCUCUCUGUAAGCUUUUCAGCAUUUGUUACCUCUUCAUGCUUUCUCUCUCUAUCUCUAUCUCUAUCUCUAUCUCUGCCACUUUAUCUGAGCCUCUUCUUGGAAAAGAAAGCUGGGUCUGGUCUUUGUCCGAGUUCUUGUCCAGGUUUACUUCAUAAGAUUAGGACUACUACUUCUCUCUUUCUCUCUCCUUCUGUAACUAGGAUUUCUCGAACUUGGAGUUCUCUCUGUAAUGGGUUCUUCAAAAUCGAACCCCACCUGGGUUUUAUUCUGCAUCUACUGGAGUCUCUCUUGAACUUCGAGCUUUUUUUUUUAAUGGGGUUUUCUUCUUGCUAGUUAGUACUGAAACUUCCUCAAUUCUCUCUUUCUCCCUCUCUUUGGUUCUCUGGUUAUACUGUUUAGAGUUUAGAUCGUGUGAUCUCAUUCCUAAUUCUAGCUGUAUCUUUAUAGCUUUAUAACUCGCAGUAGUCGUAGAAGAAGAAGAAGAAGAAGAAGAUAACAAAUCCAUUCUUAACUGUAUCUUUCUUUGCCUACUUUCUCUUUCUCCCUAUUGGGAUUCUCGGGUUUGGACUGAAAUAGUUAUUGUUGACUACUUUUUAAUCUCUCGAGCUUGGAGAGAUUUUGUCCGAGUCUUUUGAUGUAUUAUAUAUAUAUACAUGUCUGAAGAUAUUGGAGACCUUAGACUCUUAAGUGGCUCGCUAGCUCAUCAUCACCAGGUUUAAGAUCUCUUGAAAAAGCACAUAAGCUCAUUCCAAGCUUCAAGAUUAAUUCGUUUAGAACUGUCUUCUGCAUGUAUAAACAUCCAUGGAAGAUUUGUAUAGGCUUGAUCCUACUAUCUCUUGUUCAGAAAAUAUUGUCACAGUUCAAAACUUCCCAGCUAGAAACUUAUUCACUGCUUCUUCUUCUUCUUCCACUGCUACUACUACUGCUACUCACGAAUUUUACACUUCGGUUGGUAAUUUACUUCAAUUUCAAGCGGCUGGUCAUGCCCAAGAUUUUGAAUCAAAUAUGGUUCAUCUAAUCAAGACCCAGAUUGCCAAUCACCCUCGUUAUCCAGACCUAGUAUCAGCUUACAUAGAAUGCCAAAAGGUUGGUGCACCACCAGAAAUGGCGUCUCUUCUUGAAGAAAUAAGCAGAGAAAAGUAUUCAAUCAAGAGUUGCAGCAGUCAAAUAGGAGCUGAUCCAGAACUUGACGAGUUCAUGGAAUCAUACUGUGAGCUACUCUAUAGAUACAAGGAGGAGCUAUCCAGGCCGUUCGAUGAGGCGACUACAUUCUUGAGCAACAUAGAAUCACAACUGAGUAAUCUUUGUAAAGGAACACUGACAAAAACCUUUGAUUAUUAUGGCUCUGAUGAAGCAGCAGGAACUUCGGAGGAGGAGUUGAGCUGUGGCGAAGUUGAAGCAUCAGAAAGUCAAGAAUCUUCUGGGGCUGGCCGUGGUCGUGAUCAAGACCUUAAAGGAAUGCUCUUGCGAAAGUACAGUGGUUAUCUUAGUAGUUUGAGAAAGGAGUUCUUGAAGACGAAAAAGAAAGGCAAACUGCCAAAGGAUGCGAGGAUGAUUCUUUUGGACUGGUGGAGUAAUCAUUACAGAUGGCCAUAUCCUACGGAAGAGGAGAAGGUGAAAUUAUCAGAGAUUACUGGACUAGAUCAAAAGCAGAUCAAUAACUGGUUCAUCAACCAGAGAAAAAGGCAUUGGAAACCAUCUGAAGAUAUGAGAUUUGCUCUCAUGGAAGGUGUCAGCAGCAGCAGCAGCUUGGGAGGCCAUUCCUUCUUUGAUAAUGGUGGUGGAGGUAGAGAGGACUGACUCUGCAUCUAUGAAACUUUUGGUUUUGAUUAAACUACCUUCAACUUCUGCUGGCAUUAUUAAUUGAAGUUCAUUUUUUUUAUGUAACUUUUAAUGUUUUUAUGCUGCUUGCAUACUUGUAAAGUUGGCUACUUCAAGUUAGAUGCUCUACCAAAAAUAAUUUUUUGGUGAAUAUGCUAAGCCUGCACUUAGUUGUUGAGAAA